CGAGAUGAGAAACCACAAGAACUCCGGGGAAGAAGUGAAGUUAGUAACAUGCAUUAAUGAGACAUGAAUGAGUGCAGAAAGAGAGAGGAAGGGAGGAGCUCAGUGCACCAUGGGAAAUCCCCCGAUAGUCUAGGCCUAUAGCAGCAUAACUAAGGGAUGGUUCAGGACUCACCUGAUCCAGCCCUAACUAUAAGCUUUAUCAAAGAGGAAUGUCUUAAGCCUACUCUUGAAUGUGGUGAGGGUGUCUGCCUCCCGAACCACAACUGGAAGCUGGUUCCACAGGAGAGGAGCUUGGUAACUGAAGGCUCUGGCUCCUGUUCUACUUUUAGAGACUAUAGGAACCACAAGUAGCCCAGCAUUCAGAGAACGUAGUGUUCUAGAGGGGUAAUAGGGUACUAUGAGCUCUUUAAGAUAUGAGGGGGCCUGACCAUGAAGAGCUUUAUAGAUAUCAGCACAAUGCACCUGGAAGGACGGCAGGUUUAAUGCAGAGUCACUGCACACUGUUCAACAGUCUCAUCAUGGAGCUCCGACUGCGGGUAGCUGCUGUCCUGAUGGUCUUAAUGGAUACAGGAAUCUACGCACAGUCAGAUGUUUGUGGCUCUGCUCCGCUCAACAAGCUCGGCACCAAGAUCGUAGGAGGGGAGGACGCUGCUGCCGGGUCGUGGCCCUGGAUGGCCAGUCUGCAACAUAACAGAGAACAUUUCUGUGGAGGAUCCCUGAUCAACAACCAGUGGGUCCUGACUGCUGCUCACUGCUUCCCCAGCACCAGCACGUCCAAUCUCAUCGUUUACCUCGGAGGUGACGCCCUUCAAAUCCCAAACCCUAACGCGGUGUCCCUGACGGUGUCCCAGAUAAUCAACCAUCCGAACUACAAUGGCAGCACGUCCAAUAACGACAUCUCGUUGUUGCGUCUGUCCUCACCUGUAAAGUUCACCGACUACAUCAGACCGGUGUGUCUGGCGGCGAACGACAGCGUCUUUGAGGCCGGGACGACCUGCUGGGUCUCUGGAUGGGGAACAGUCGCAGUAAACAAUCCUCUUCCUUCUCCACAGCGGCUGCAGGAGGUGAGUGUUCCCAUCGUGUCCAACAGUCAGUGUGAUGCUGCGUACAGCGGAAUCAGAAAAAUCACCAACAACAUGAUGUGUGCCGGUCUGGACGAGGGAGGAAAGGACUCCUGCCAGGGGGAUUCAGGCGGCCCAUUGGUGAGUAAGAACGUCUCUAAGUGGGUCCAGGCUGGAGUGGUGAGUUUUGGAAAAGGCUGUGCUCUGCCCAAAUACCCUGGAGUCUACACCCGAGUGUCCCAGUACCAGUCCUGGAUCAACAGCCACAUCACCAACAACCAGCCGGGCUUCGUCACCUUCGAGGGUGACGGUUCAGUCUCUGGAGCUGGCCCACUGGUUUCCUUCCCAGUUCAUCUGCUGCUGUCCAUCUUUUCCCUGUUUGUCCUUUCAUACAAAGCUUAAUGAUUCUUCGAAAAUGUUCUAGAUUUUCUGGUCUCAGUCUAGUUUCAGUCUUCUAACAUACAGCAUGAUGUUCAUUUAGUAACCGAUGGUCCCAUUUAGAGUAAAACAGACUAUAAAGCAGGGUAUGCUUUAGGGCGGGGCUACCUUGUGAUUGACAGCUCAUUCUCAGUGAGUCCGUUCAGCUCAACGCACCAAACUGUCAAACUGUACUGAUCAGAUAUGGAUCCAGAUUCUGUUGUUGACUAUUUCUCUCCUCAAAUCAAAUGUCAAAUGUGACCAGACGAGCAGUCAAUGAGAGCAGCUCAACUCGCUUUACGUGACCUCCGCUGGCUCCGACAAACGGAAAACAUGUAUUUAAAACUUGUAUUCAUACAGUAAAAUAUACAGAUAACAGAUUUAUACCCUAAAAAUAACAUUUACUAACAUGUUUUACAGUGUGACUGAUCCAUUAAAUGGUCACAUCUGGAUCCAAACAGAGAGACGGCCUUAAUGGCGAACUUCAAACCGGCGCUCCACAGACCAACAGGUGACGUCGGAGCAGGUUUACUAGGUGUGGAUAGGGCGCAAUAUCAACACAAUGCAUCCGUUCUUUAACAGAGUCACUGCAGGCUGUUCAUCAACAUAGAGCUCAAACUGCUGGUUGCUGCUGUGCUGACAGCCUUAAUUUAUACAGGUGAGGUUAUUAUGUCUGUUAUUAUCUACUUAUCAAAUGAGACGGUAAUAUUCGAGCACCAAAAAAUACAGUAAAAUAACAGAAAAUAACUAAAUACAGCAAUUUACUGUUGUCAAGUAAGUUGAGAUCCCUGAUCCACUAAAACCACUUUGGAAAGCAAAGGACUGUCCAUUGAGUAAUGAAGAAAGAUAACAACGGAGCAUUAGGGACUCUCCAUCUGAAUAACUCAAUGCACAGAGAUUAUAAUAACCAAGCCCUGUAUAAUGAUUGAAGUUGAUUCUAUUUUACAAAAUGAAAUAUGUGACAAUGAAAGGAAACAUGAUUAUAUGAUUGUAACUGAUUAUUUGAUAAUUAAUGAGUAUAAAUGCAUAGUAGUAAGAUAGAACUAUGGAAAGUACGGUCAAGAGAGCAAAUCAUGUUAAAGUGUUGAGUAACUGUGAGAAAACGCAUGUAUUGCAACCACAUGUCUGGUGCAGAGAGAAAGGGGAAGUUGAGCAAACACAGAGGACCGUCUUGUGAGGAGCAAAAGAGAAAGUAGCACGGCCAAGCAACACCCUAGGGGGAUAAAAGGGGCUACACAAGGAGGAUCGUGGUUAGUCCUCGGCCGGCUCUCGGGUUCAAGACUUGCUGAUCG